GGAACGACCGCCCUUUGAUACUUCUCUUUGUCUAUAAUUAUACCUCGCAUCUUCGGUAGAGCAAUGGAUAUCUAAUGCAUAAUGAAUUGCAGCGCGUUUCGGUCUGAAGACGUAUCCGAUACAGACAGGGGACGUGUACGUACCAAGUAGACGUGCAGUCUGCAGAUGUUAUCAGACGUUCGGGCGGGGAAGCUUCAGCUGCCUUGAACAUCACGCAUCUCCCAGUGCCAGUAGCCGACACAAGGAUCAACUGCCAAUGCUACGGUGGGAUAGUAGAUCAACUGCCAAUGCUACGGUGGGAUAGUAGAUCAACAUCUGGCAAUAUUGUCAAUCACCAAAAACACCGCUCGAAAUGGCUGUCAGCGAGGUCCAAGUCUUUAGGCUGGACAUCGCGUCCCAGUUCCAUCACCUGACAGAUCGCGAAAAACGAUAUGCGCAUCACAUGGCUCGUGCUGCCUGGUUCGGGACAAGAAUCAUCCUCCGACAGGUUUCUCCCGAAUCGCCCGCCAUCUUCGACUUCAUACUCGAGCUACAUCGCACCUGCUCUGGAGCCUGGGGUUCACUGAUAGGGCCAGACGUCAGCAGCGAGGACAUCCGACGCCUGCUGACGUACGCUGCUACUUUUCUCUCCAACGUGGGGAACUUCUAUGGUUCCGGUGACCAAAAGUUCGUCCCCGGGGUAGAACGCACCGUCCUCGAGGCACUAGCUACCAGAUCUCCCGUGUUGACAAGCUUAUAUGAGGAGAUAUCCGAGCAAAUAGAAGCCAGACCACCUUUCAGCCUCGGUUACCCAAGUGAGACGGCGCAGAGCAGCUAUUAUCCCGGGGGCCUAAUCAGCGAGUCAGACAUCACUCCAGUGUCAAAGAUCCUCGAACAAAAUUCCGUGUUUCCGGAGAACACCAGACUUCAAAGAAAGGCGGAUGGCGCUGGAUUGGAAGUCCUCCUCGCUUCCGUUCAUGACGGAGAGAUUGCUCGAUUCCCCCUUCCCGACGGUAAAGGGUCCGUGAGACUCGUCGGUGGAGAUCACUCAACCGAACUUGAGCGAGUGUGUGAUGAGCUAAAGAAAGCGUCAAAAUACGCGGCGAACGAUCUACAAACACAAUUCCUCAAUGCGUAUGUUGAAAGCUUCCAAAGCGGCAGCCUGGACACGUACCGCGACUCCCAACGGCUUUGGGUAAAUGACAAGGCGCCCAGGGUGGAGAACAUCUUUGGGUUCGUCGAGCCAUAUCGCGAUCCGCAUGGCAUCCGAGCAGAAUUCGAAGGUCUUGUGGCUAUCGCAGACGACGAAGAAACCAGACUCUUGUCCAAGCUAGUGGAGAGCUCGUCGACCUUCAUCCGCCGGCUGCCCUGGGCCACACCAGAGAAUGAUGGUAAAGGGCCGUUUGAGAAGAAUCUAUUCGAGCCGCCAGACUUCUCCAGCAUUCACUCGCUUGCGUACUGCUCGAGCAUCAUAUUCCCAGGAAUCAACCUACCAAACUACAACGAUAUUCGGCAGGAGGAUGGAUUCAAGAAUGUGAUUAUCGCGAAUCGAAUGGUCACCGAAAGCCAAGCCCAGCAGUAUCCCUUCAUUGACGCUUCCGAGGCCGAACAAUUCAAGAAGCAUAAGUACCCAGCGUAUUACUGGUGGGUCGUACUCCACGAGCUGCUCGGCCAUGGUACAGGGAAGAUGAUGGUGGAAGGGGUGGACGGAAGUUUCAAUUUCGAUGUCGAAAAUCCGCCCAUGAACCCAAUCACUGGAAAACCCAUUACGUCGUGGUACAAGCCAGGUCAAACGUGGACUGGCGAAUUUGGUGACUUGGCAACCACUGUUGAUGAAUGCAGGGCGGAACUCGUGGGUGCCUAUUUGAUGGACGACCUGGAGCUUCUUGAGAUGUUUGGCUUCAAUGAUGACUCCGAGAUCCGCGCUGAAGACCUGACCUACAAUCUGUACCAGCAGUUAGGUACUGAUGGUUUGCGAGGACUUUCCAACUUCAACGUUGAUAGCGGCAAAUGGGGCCAAGCCCACAGUCGUGCACACUUUGCUAUGUUGAAGUGCUUGCUACAGGACGGCGGCGGCGUCAUCGUCAUCACCCACAACAAGCCAAAGAAGAGUCUGACGGUUCAGGUAGACCGUUCCAAGAUUCGCACGCAUGGGAAGCAAGCCUUAGGAAAGAUGCUCCUGCAUCUGCACAUGUUCAGAUGCACAGCUGACUCAAAAGGCUGUCGGGCGUACUAUGAGAACCUGUCGAGGGUGAACGGGGAAUAUGUCGACUGGCGGGAGACAGUGCUUGCAAAUAAGCCCCCGCCCCUUGUCUUCGUCCAUGCAAACACGUUCCUGGCAGAGGAUACCGUCUCAUUGAAGGAGUACGAACCAACAGUCGAAGGCAUCAUUGAGAGCUGGGCGCAGCGGAAGGUCUGA